UUAGUUCCAGACGCAGAGCGUCGCCAGGCCCACCUCAGGUUGAUCGCAAACUCCCACGCUCUGAAGCCGCUAGCCCUCCAAUGUCUGAAGAAGAUGGAGAACGAGCGUCCCUCAGCUCAUCAGCUCAGUGAGAGGCUGUCUGAACUGAAACAGUCCUCUGGGUUCACAGAGAGCAGGGAACAGGCAGAGCACAGCAGUGAAAUCGAACAACUUCAGCUGCAACUUCAAGGCCAGAGAAUCUUAACUAAUACUACAGUGGCGAGAAAUCGGGAACAAAUUACAGGCUUAGAGAACGACAAGGAUAGACAGCUACAACAAAAGCAUCAAGCAAUGGAAGUUGCGAUAGCUAGCAGGGAUCAGGAGCUACAAGCCAGUGAGCAGUUGGUGUCAGAGUUUCAGCAGAGCUUGCAGCUGAAAGACAAGACCAUCACUGACUUACAGAGGACCAUAUCAGACCACGAGAGAAAGAUUCAGCAGCUGAAGCAGGGAGACAGGGCCAGGGGAGACCAACAGCCAGCCUCAGCACCACAGACAGCCGUGGCAGUAGAUUUAAGCAAGAAGAAGUGGAGUGAGGGAAAUAAUGCACCAGAAACAAUGGUCAACUUUGGUGGUGCAUCUGUGGUGUAUGGAAACUCAGCAUUUUUUGCAUGUCAACAUCAGGUCUACUCAUACCAGAACAUUUCAGGGAACGAACAAUGGUCUCAGCUCCCAGAUAACCCUAAUGUAGAUUUUGGUCUGGCAGUUAUUGAUGGUCUUCUGACUAGUGUUGGUGGCUACGGUCCCACUAACACUCUCCUCAGUCUCACAGGAGAAGGUGAGAAGAAGGAGUGGUCCGAGGUCUUCCCUCCCAUGCCCACACCACGUAUGCAUGUGGCUUGUGUCACUACUGAACAGGCUCUAGUUGUCGCAGGUGGUGCAGUUAAGGGUGUAUCAGAUAGGUAGAUAUUGUGGAAGUAAUGAACACCAACACUAAACAGUGGGCAACAGUUGCUUCUUUCCCACAAAAAUCCAUGUUUUUGUCAACAGCAUUGUUUGACGAUUCACUCUAUAUCAGAGGAUUGGAACAUCAGUCUUCACCUGCUCCAUUCCUGAUCUCUUGCACCCACAACAGAGUGGGUUCUCAACCUCCCAAUGUAUGGAAGGAGAUCAGUUCUUUACCAGUUGAUGGCUCCGCUCUUGUAGCAUUUGGUGGGCACUUGCUAGCUGUUGGUGGUGGUAUGGAUAUAGAAAACCAACAUCCAAUGUCUAUAGAUAUGACUCCCACACUAACUCUUGGACUAUCGUUAGUCAAAUGAAGAAGAAGCGAUAUGAUUGUCUUGCAGCAGCUCUUGGUGAAGACUGCCUCGUAGUAGUUGGGGGAUUCACUUCAAAACUUUUUCACUCCGAGACUGAAGCAACCGAUAGUGUUGAACUUUUCAAAUAAAAGCAAUAGCUAUUUUUUGAACCUGUUUAUUUUUUGAGCUAUUAUAUAUG